ACUAAUAUAUUUGCAGUUGAGCAGUUUAAAUUUAACCUUUUCAAACCAGUUACAGUUUUUCUUUCAAUGCGAUGCUAAUAUAAAUCCUUUAAAUAUAUUUCAAAAUAUACAGAAAGUGGCCAAAUAAUAUUUUUUUAUAUAUAUUUCAUAACAUAUAUUUUUUGAGCAUUUUCCGUAUAUUUUGACAAAUAUUUAUGCCGUAUGGGACCUGAAAUAAUUCAUAAUAAUUUGAUGCGCGCGCACAGUGUCCAGGAGAGGGAGGAGUCAUGUGAUUCUCUUCCUGUCCCACCCACUGUCUACCGGACAGACGGGAAAAGUUCACGGUAAACGGGAACACAGCGACAGCGAACACAGCGAGUUUCCGCGACGCGCGAGCGAACGCAAUCAACAUCGAAACGUUUCAGUAACGCGGCGCUGAUAAAACAUUGCGACGCGAUCACCGACCGGCGCGCGCGCGUCUCUUCCUGUUCUGAAAUCCGCUGGCAGUAAAAGUUGGUCUGAAUAAAGCCGAGCAGAACUUCGGAAAGAAGUUCUGAAAGAAGAUUGACGAUGAUCGAUUAAGAAAGAGAAACCCGACGAAGCGUUUAACGCGACGUGAGUAGAUUUCUGUGCGCGUUCAUGUUCAGCUUUCAUGCGCUUUUCCUGCUAUUCUUCUGGUGCGAGCGCUUCCUGCUCAAAACCACAGCAAAACCCGCACACACACAACAGCUAAAAAUACUGAGACUCUCUUCAGCUCUUCUCAUUUUCUCUCACUGAACUUCAGUUUCUUCAAGUGUUUAGAUGACGGUGACAGCGAAAUGUCAAAGUGACGUCAGGUCACAGGUCUAAGUGAAUGGAGUCACACAAGAGUGUCCGUCCACCCUCAAGGGUCCAUCCGACAUCCAUCCUUUGUGUCCUGACGGAGACUCGUGUCUGAUGGAGAAACGCUCGCAGGUGAUCAGAGAUCUGAGGGCGAGACGACGUUCAUCAUCCCGCUAACUCGGACGCAAUCGGCAUUAACGCCUCGUGAAGCUCCAUGGAGCCGCUGAAGAACAUAUUCUCCCGUGGACCGCUGUCCACGUGGAAAAGUCUGGAUCAGACCCAGAAGGGAAACUUCACCAACCCUAUCUGGACGGCUCUGUUCGACUACGAGGCUUCGGGAAAAGACGAGCUGACGCUUCGUAAGGGCGACCUGGUGGAGGUCCUGUCUCUGGAUUCUGAGAUAUCUGGUGACGAAGGAUGGUGGGCGGGAAAGGUCAACAACAAAGUGGGAAUUUUCCCCUCCAACUACGUCUCCUUCAAACCCAGCGCUUACAGCGAACUGCCGAGCGCCGACGUGGUCCGGGACCUGAGCACGGCCGUGGUGACCGGCGAGUUGGAGCCCAGAGCGGUGGAUUUCAGCGAGCUGAGCUUGGAAGAGGUGAUCGGGGUGGGGGGCUUCGGGAAGGUUUACCGGGGCACGUGGAAGGGGGAGCUGGUGGCCGUCAAAGCGGCCCGCCAGGACCCGGACGAGGACAUCAGCGUCACGGCUCAGAACGUGCAGAACGAGGGAAGGCUCUUCGCCAUGCUCAAGCACCCCAACAUCAUCAUGCUCAAAGGGGUUUGCCUGCAGGAACCUAACCUCUGUCUGAUCAUGGAGUACGCGUCCGGCGGUCCGCUGAGUCGAGCCCUGGCCGGCAGGCGGAUCCCUCCGCACGUCUUGGUGAACUGGGCGGUCCAGAUUGCCCAGGGAAUGCUGUAUCUUCACAGCGAGGCCAUCGUACCCGUCAUCCACCGUGAUCUCAAAUCAAACAACAUCCUGCUGGCUGAACCCAUAGAGAUUGACGGCAUCGAGGGAAAAACUUUGAAGAUCACAGAUUUCGGCCUGGCGAGAGAGUGGCACAAAACAACUAAGAUGAGCACAGCGGGCACUUACGCCUGGAUGGCACCUGAGGUCAUCAAAUCCUCCACUUUCUCUAAAGGCAGCGAUGUAUGGAGUUAUGGUGUGUUGUUAUGGGAGUUGUUGACUGGAGAAUCUCCGUACAGAGGUAUCGACGGUUUGGCUGUGGCUUAUGGAGUCGCUGUAAAUAAACUGACGCUUCCGAUUCCUUCCACGUGUCCUGAACCCUUCGCUCAGCUCAUGUCUGAGUGUUGGGAUCAAGAUCCUCACCGAAGGCCCAAUUUCAGCUCAAUACUGCAGCAGUUAAACGCUCUGGAGCAGCAGGUGAUGGAUGAGAUGCCUCAGGAUUCAUUUCAUUCUCUACAGGAGGAUUGGAAACUGGAGAUUCAGGACAUGUUUGAUGAGCUGCGCGCUAAAGAGAAGGAGCUGCGGUGUCGUGAGGAGGAGCUGAAGCGAGCCGCUCUGGAGCAGAAGUCUCAUGAAGAGUUUCUCCGUCAGCGCGAGCAGCAGUUGGCUCAAUGGGAGCAGGACGUCUUCGAGCGAGAACUUUCACUUCUUAUCCUGAAUGUCAACCAGAACCACAAACCCAACGUCAAGAAACGCAAAGGAACUUUCAAGAAACACAAACUCAAGGUGAAGAAUGGAGAGAAGAUCAGCAUGCCACAGGAUUUUAUUCAUAAGAUUACAGUCCAGGCAUCUCCGUGUUUGGAGAAAAGAAGGAAUUCUCCAGAUUUGGGAUCACCAUCCAUCGGACCGCGUUUCCGUGCAAUACAAUUAAGCCCCAGUGACAGUCGGUGGAGUUCUGUUUGGCCUUUGGAGUCUCUUCCUCUUAAGCAGUCUAAUGGUGAGAGGAGAUUUGCUGCUCCCCAUCUGAGUCCUAAAAGCCCUAAAAGUCCAAAGAUUCUUCGACUCAGUACACCAGAAAACAGUCUGUCAAUGAGAGCCAAACUUCUAGACAUGGACAGCAAUGAAAGCCAGGAGUCUAAAGCAGAUUUUGAAGAAUACAGACCUAUCACACCAGAAUACAACCAUAACCAUAACGGCUCUGAGAGCGAGGAAGGUGGUUCGUCCCCCUGCGGUUCUCCAAAACCGGAUCAGUCCGGGCCAUCGACUCUGGGUAAGGCCACACGUCGAGCUCUGCUCGGUAGCGCCGCCCUGCUGGCGUCUGUGGCUCUCGGCCGCUGUCUGGAACCUCAGCACCCCCCCACGCCACCCCCUCGGGCAUCAUCCAGGACUAACCUACCCACAUUGGAACUAGAACCGGAUCGUUCUCCGGAGCGGUCCGCCGAGCCGGACGUAGUGGGAGAUUUGAUCACGUUUAGCACAGACUCCCUGCCGCGAGGAUUAAUGGACGCGUUAAAACCGCUGGAGACAAAACCGUUACCGCUCACCCCUCCGCCCCCAAACCCCAGAGAGAGAGACAGGGGUGCCCGCCGCGUCCCCCAUCGCAGUCUCAGAGACUGGUCGCCGAACGGAGAGACGUUCAGUGAGAUCUCGUGUCAGGACGAUGAGUGCAGAAGAAGAACUUCUCAGCUAGUGCUGGAUCUUCCUUUGUGUCAAGACACUUUUGAGGUUGAAGACAGAUCUCCAGUACCCUUUGCGCUGUAUCAAGACUCUCAUUUUUGGAGCCCCAAAGCAAACCGUCUGGAGGUAAACAUCGUUCCUCGACCACGACCUUCUCCUAUCCGACCUCGCAUUGACCCGUGGAGUUUUAUAUCUGCCGGUGUGGCGGACAAACCCGCCGUGAAGAAAGCCGUUUCUUCCAGUAGUCCCACGAGCCCUCGACUGGGGUUUCAUCCCUCGCCCACCAACCCGUUCACAAACUGUGACCCGUUCCCUUCCCCAGACUGUGACCCGUUCAAUCUAAAGCUCAACCCUUCCAGAAACUCAGACCUCGCCUCCGGUUUUGACCCCUUCUCCACCCCGUUCCCGACCUCACGGUCCGCUCCCUGCUCAACAAACGUGAGUCCUAAUCUCUCUCUCAGGGUGGCUCCGUUGAAUCCGGCCGAUUGUCCGCUCAUCGAUCUGGGCUGGGUGGGGGUCAACAAACCGCUAGAUGUCGCCAAAGAGAGAGUUCAUCCUCGACGGACCCUCGGGCUCAGCCCGUUCAGAUCAUCUACUGAACACAGAGACGAUCGCUUCUGAAUGAGCAAGGGUCAGGGGUUUUUAACACGCCUCAGUGCAUUCUGGGAUAUAUAUUGCCUGGACAUUCUCUAGUUUUAAAAACUAAAUCAUUAUAAAUGAGACGGGUGGGUUGUAUUGUGACUCUUGGACAGAUGCUGAUGUGUCAUUCCUACUUUGACUAAUGAAAUAUAUCAAUGUCUUCCAGCUUUCAUCAUUUUCUCAGGGUCUUAAUGGCCUUUAACGUGUGCUUAAAUAGAUCCACAGGCGUCCGGUUAUCAGUGUCAAAUCCAUCACAGUCAUCUAAUGAUUUUCAGUCGUAUGUUGUUGCUCAUCUUUCAUUUGGGAGGAACUACAGCCAACAAAACAGCUUGAAUUGUUGUGUUGUGGAGCAUUGAUAACAUCUGUCUGUGAAUACAUCUGAAUCUCAACAUUUCAGCCCAUGAGAGUUUUCAAACGCCCAUGUGUUUGCUGACAUGAGUUUCAAUCAGUUUUCUGCUGGUUGUGUUGGUGUUGUGACAUUUAGGUUUGAGGUUUAGUGGAUUCAUCUUUGCUAAACCUAGAAAGAACCACUGAGGAACAACAACAUUUAUUAUUGUCAAUCUGAGGAUGAGAAACAAAUGAAAAUGGAUUUGAUUUAAUGCCGAUGUUCACUACUGACAGAUGAAAGCUUCUUUAUCUCUGUGCUGAGCGCUGUGCAGACUCUACUGAGAUUUACACUGGUUUACCUUUGGGUGGUUAGCUGAUCAGUUUUACCUUUGGGUGGUUAGCUGAUCUUGGAAGACGUUUUUACUUAACAAUGGUUUAUUAAUUUUUUUCUUUCUCAAAGGCACAAGAACAGAGAUGAUAUUGAUGAUGAUUAAAGCUGCUGUGCUCCUCACACACAUACUGUCACAUUAAACACUUCUCAAAACAUCAUUUGGUUUGAUAUUUUAAAAGAAUAAAGGUCCGUUAACACCAAAGAUGACAUUUAUAUCCAUUCAGAUUUAAAAUGUGGAGACUGCUGUGCACAAACGUAUACUGUAAACAAAGCUAUAUUAAUAUCCACAUGAUAAGGGUUUACUUUAUUUAUGAGUAUCACUCUUGAUCUGAACAGGCCUUUAGAAAGUGACAGAUGUUGUUUUUACAAUCAAAAAGAUAUUAUAAUAACAAAAAUAUUUUUAAAAGAGCCAAUAUAGAGCGCUGCAGGGAUGACAGAUUUUUGUAGGCCAAACCAGAAGUUAGCGGGAUAGGAUUUCCCUCGCCAGAAAACCCAUUCAUUUUUCACAUUGACUGUUGGAUUACCGCAAAAAAGACCCUGUGUUUAACAAAAGUAUAUAAAGGUAAUCUGUACAAAAUUUAUUUUGAAGUCUAGAUUUAUCUCUAGUAAACACAUUUAGACUUCAGUUGUGUUCACUUGUGAAGAUGAUCUUGUUGGACAAAACGUGUAACUUUUAAAACAUGUAAAACAGCGCUUAUUUUUUGUGAUAAUCCAAAAGUCUAUGGGAAAUAAUAAUUGGUGUUUCUGGCGAGGUAACCUAGUGUCCCGCUUAAAGUACAUCAUCCCUGCAGCACUUAACUUUUCUUCUCGAGUAUGACAGUCUGAAUAUUGGUAAAUACAGAGAUGAAAAAUAUCUGUAGUUAUGAUGAAAGUGAAUUAACAUUGAUGUAUUUGGGCAGAUGCUUUAAAGCUAGGUAUCUAUUUUUUAUCAUUCAUCAGCGUAAUAUUGCAAAGAUAAUCUAUCAGAUAUCAUGGAAUGAGAAAUUGAUUUAGCAUCCGUUCCUCCUCUUAAAGUUUGUGUUAUAAACACAUCAUCAUAAUCAAUCAAUCAAUCAAUCACACAAAUAUCAUUGAAGAGAAGGAGGAAAAUGUUUUGGUGCUAAACGAAACCAGACUUCAUUAAAGAUUAUUCUGCUGAUUUCUUGUGUAAGAAAGUCUCAGUCCUGCUGUCAGGAGGUUUCUGAUAACCGAGUACCCAUGUAAGUUUAUUACUACUGUACGUGUUGAUUAAACCUUAAGCUAUGGAUGGUUGCUCACUAAUCCACCCCAGGUCUGUGAUAGUCGAGCUCGUCUUCGUGUCGGAUGCUUCACUUUCAUCUCUGUUUGUUACCUCUGACACGGAUCAAAAUAUAGACUCAAGCUUUGUCUUCUCAUCAUCUGCUCACAUGAAGACAUAAUUAUCUGUAAAGUGAAACUUGAGCUUUUCUGUGUGGUCAGCGGUCGUUUGGGUUUGGUGUCAUGUGCUGACUUUUGAUUGGUGGAUGAUUGACAGGUCAGAAGCUGACACACUGAGGAAACAUUUAAUCAUUACAGCAUCAUUGUACUGUGUGUGUGUAUCACCUUUGACCCUUACAAAUGACAUUGAAAUGAGAAAGUCUUAAAAGCUAUUGCUAUUUAUUCAUGCAUUUUACACACUGGAUUCAAGAGAUUUGAAAAGGGUCAGAGAGAUACUCCACAUUCAAAUACUUUAUUAUAUUUUAAGAAUGAUUUUCACUGGAGGUGCUGCAAAGGGAACAAUAUCAGUUAAAUGUGUGUUUAAAUACUGUAUAAUACAGAGAGAGACUGAGCAGAAUGAGAUUGAGAUCUGUGUAUCUGGAUUUGAGAAAGAGAAAUUUCCUUUAGCGUUUAUGCUUAACUUUCUUUCAUUUCUCCUUCUUUUGAGAUUUCUUUGCAUGAACAGAAAACAAAAACACUUCAGACGUCUCAGACAGACAGACAGACAGACAGACGUUCACUACCUGCCAAACUCACUCAUCUUUGUGUUGAGCUUCAUUAUUUUAAACUUAUAUUCAGUACUCGUGAAGCCUUUAUAACAGCUGUGUUGUGUUCUUUAACUCUUUUAGUUAUCCGGUUGUUUUUAUCUGCUUUGUGUUAUUGUCUUUAUUUUUAUCUCAGUGGGCUGGGCCUAAUCACUUUUCAUACUUUUGUGUUUUACAGUGUGUGUAAGUUGUGUUAAUGAUUGUGUAAAUGUGUUUAUUUUUUCUCAAUUGUAAUGGGUUUUAACCUGUGAACCUUUGGAAAGUGAAUAAAAGAGCGAGACCAAAUGAAAUGAAA